UUACAAUAAUAACUACACAAUUUUAACUCCUAAUAUUUAUCAUUUAUCAAUCAAAUUAAAAUAACAUUUAAAUUUAUCCAUAAACUUAUCCCCUUUAUUACUCCACAUUCUUUUGUAUGAUUUCUAUAUCGUUGUACUUUUUAAUUUUUUUUUACUUUGGCAGAUGAUUUUUUAUUUUUAUUUUUAUUUUUGACUAAAAAAAGAAGAAAAAAACCAAAUGUGUAGCUAUUUUAUUUUUUCCAAAUCAAGAAUUUAUUUAUCUAUUAACAUAAAUUUAAAAUAGAGGGGCGUCCGAGCAUCUGCUUGGGCCAAGCAUUUAGUUGAAUAUUAUGGUCUUAUGGAUCUCAAAAUAUUGGAGCCCGCUUAAAAUAAGCAGUGUUUUAAGAAGUUCGUGUCCGUCACAAGCUCAGAAGCCCAACUUGACAUAGUAAGUACGGAAGCAGCCCAUUAAGGUAUCCGCAUUUUUGGAGGUCUCCUGGGAUGUGCAAAAGAUAUCCAAUCGGCAAUCCAGCUCUUCAUUGUUUGUCCACGUGGCAGAAACCCAUUUCUCCUCUUGAAUUUCUGGGUCCUCCAUGGCCAAGAAUUCCCACAAGCAGUAAUUUCUGGAGCUGACGAAGAAGAUACUGAGGAACAGUUAUUGCAGCCUCUCUGAAAAUGGCAGGGAUUGGUUGCUCCCUCUCUUUUGGCAGCAAUAUAACAACUUCGUUGCUGGUAGUCCGGACUCAUCACGGAGGAACAACGACUGGGAAAACUCUACACAGGAGUUCUUUGGCAGUCAGAGCUGAUAUAAGCUAUGUGGAUGCUGAAGAAGCACAGAAACUAGUAGCUGCAGAGGGAUAUAAAAUUCUAGAUGUCAGGGACAAAACUCAGUAUGGUCGAGCACAUAUAAAGGACUGCUAUCAUGUUCCUUUGUUCAUCGAAAAUGAAGACAAUGACUUUGGAACUGUUAUCAAGAGGACUGUACAUAACAACUUCUCGGGUCUGUUUUUUGGAAUACCAUUUACAAAGCCAAAUCCAGAAUUUGUGCAAUCUGUGAAGAACCAGCUCUCACCAAAAAGCAAGCUCUUGCUUGUCUGUCAAGAAGGACUGAGGUCUGCUGGAGCUGCCCAGAAAUUGGAAGCAGCUGGUUAUGAAAAUUUGGCUUGCAUAACAUCUGGGCUUCAAUCUGUAAAACCAGGUAAGUAUGCAGAAUUCUAAACCCUCAGUGCCUCCAUUCCAACUUUAAGUAGGAUAACCACAGGGAUCUGAUCUCUUACGAAUUCUAGACACGUUUGAGUCGGUUGGUUCGUAUGAGCUGCAAAAUGCUGGAAAAGCUGGCCUGGUUACAAUACAAGGGAAGAUAUCAGCUGUUCUUGGAACAGUUCUCGUCUGUAAGUUUUUUUAUGAACCAUCAUAUAAUAUCGUGUUACAAUACAAUGCCACUUAAAUUCUCUCCCAUCAUUAGUGCUUAAAUUGAUCCAAAUUGCAGGCGCCUAUCUUUUCAUAACUCUCUUCCCUGACCAAGCAGAAAAGCUAUUUCAAUUGGUUCCUUCAAGCUAGCGUUAGGCCAUUCAUUUCUCCUUUCGCAUUUCUUUUCUGGAGGAGAAAAUGCUCUUGUACUUAGAUGAGGAUACAUUUUGACAUGUAGAACGUCGAUAAGAGAUUCAUUUGCCGUUGUGGUUGUAGUUCAUUUCUGUCAAAACAAACGAACACGAUUUGGAGGAACAUGAGAUACAUUUAUGAUUUAACCCAACAACAUUGAAGGGUUCAAAAUACUCAUUAAAAUUUUUUCCCAAAAUACCACCUUCUGGUACAUUGAAUUAGUAUUAUUGGAAGAGAGCUGAUUCAGAGUUUUUUUUCAGACACCCGGUAAUUAAGCAAAACCAUUGUCUGAAUUGUGGAUAUGUAAGGUAUAUAUAAAUACAUGCACAUCUAGUACAUGGUGAAAAUAGGUUCCCGAACAAGGCAUUUCAUAUAACUUGAAUAAUGUGGAAACCAAAGAUGAGGCAAAAAAGCAGCCUUACUGUUGAUUUACUAAUCAUCUCCCUAUUAUCAUUGUAUUCAAUUCCAAUGCAAUUAGCAGAAGCAAAAGUGACGACGAUUCGGGUAUUGAACAACCUGGUUGAACCGGGGUAUCCAUUAGGGCUUCGCUGCAAAUCCACCACGGGUCUGGAUAAAAAACUCCAGAGCCUGGAUCUGGGGCAAGUGUAUACAUGGCAGGCUCACCCGGGUUCCGUUUGGAACUGUGAUUUCUUGGAUUGGAAUUUCAGGGAGGUUCAGUUUUCUGUUUACAGUACAAAUUUCAGCCAAACAAGGUGCCCGGAUGUCUGCUCUUGGUCGGUGAGAUUUAAUGGUUUCUACUUUGCCGGGGUGCCCAACCCAUCUCCUGACGAUUUCGCAUUUUUCAGGAAUUGGUGAUUUAGGCUUAUUUCCUUGUAUUUAUAUAAGUUAUACUCCCUCCGUCCUAUAAUUAUUGUCCAGUUUGAGUUUAUAUUUUUAUACUAAAAAUGAAAUCUCAAAUUGGACAAUAAUUUUGGGACAGAGAAAGUAUCUUUUAUUCAUGAUACUAGGUUACUUCUACCCACGCUACGCGUGGGCUCCCGAUUUUAUCAGUUCCUUUUGUUUUUUGGAUUAAUGGAGCAUAUAUUAAUAAAGAUUAGGAGAAAUUACAUUGAGAGUGGUAAUAGGCUAUGAGGAUUUUUAACCUCUAUUUUUUUGGUAAACGGUAAGUAUCACUCAAAACACAAUAUUUCUAGACAAAUCUAUCAAAAGAAGCAAGACAGUCUCCAUCACUUUGCCGGUGAAUUAGUGGCGGAACCAGAACUUCAUUGUUAGGGGGUCAAUAUUAUAUACUUCUUUUUUUUUUAAGUUCUUACCUAUUACGAAAAAGGAUUGAACCGCAAAGUUUAUUUGCAACUUCUUCUACGUUUGCUAAUAAUAAUUCG